UAAGUUACCUCACGGACCUUUUUAAUAUGAUUCCAAUGAAUGUUUUCCAGAAAUGAAUGAAUCUCAGAAAAAAAAGAAUUUAUGGGAGGGAAAAACAAUGCUGGACUGAGAAGAAGAACAGAGAUUUGAGAGGUUAAAGAGGCUUUUUUACCUGCCAUUUGAGUAACUGCAGUAAGUGAAACUGAAACUUAAGCUACUGUAUUUAGCAGAAAUCAUUACUGAGCUCAGAACAGACUGAGACAGAAUGGCGUCUGGAUCUUCUCUCAUGGAAGAGGAGCUGUCCUGUCCUGUGUGCUCUGAAAUCUUCAGGGAUCCUGUUGUCCUGAGUUGCAGUCACAGCUUCUGUAAGGCCUGUCUGCAGAAGUACUGGGAACAGAAGGGAUCUCGGGAGUGCCCAGUUUGCAGGAGAAUAUCUUCUAUGGAUAUACCUCUCCCGAACCUGUCUCUGAGGAAUACCUGUGAGGCGUUCUUAAAGGAGAGAAGUCAGAGAGCUAAAGCAGGAUCUGAAGUGCUCUGCAGUUUGCACAGUGAGAAACUCAAACUCUUCUGUUUAGUGGAUCAAAUACCCGUCUGCCUUGUCUGUCAAACUUCAAGAAAACAUGCAAACCACGAACUGCUACCAGUUCAGGAGGCUGCAGAAGAGUAUAAGGAGAAACUCAGGACUGCACUGGCUCCACUGCAGGAGAAGCUAAAAGCCUUUAAUGCUGUGAAACUAAUCUGUGAUCAAACAGCAGAGCACAUCAAGAGCCAGGCCCAGCACACAGAGAGACAGAUAAAGAUGGAGUUUGAGAAACUUCAGCAGUUCCUAAAAGAUGAAGAGGCAGCCAGGAUCACUGCAGUGAGGGAGGAAGAGGAGCAGAAGAGUCAGAUGAUGAAGGAGAAGAUUGAAAAGAUGACAGAAGAGAUAUCAUCCCUUUCAGAACAAAUCAGAGCCAUAGAACAGGAGCUGGGAGCUGAAGACGUCUCAUUCCUGCAGAGCUACAAAGACGUGGAGAAACGAGCCCAGUGCACACUGGCGGAUCCAGAGAAGGUCUCCGGAGCGCUGAUUGAUGUGGCCAAGCACCUGGGCAAUCUGAAGUACAGAGUGUGGGAGAAGAUGCUGGGGACUGUUCAGUACACUCCUGUGACUCUGGACCCAAACACAGCACAUCCCAACCUCUCACUGUCUGAGGAUCUGACCAGGGUGAGACGCAGUGGUGAGAGACAGCAGGUUCCUGAUAAUCCAGAGAGAUUUGAUGAGUGGCCGUGUGUGCUGGGCUCUGAGGGAUUCAGCUCAGGGAGACACUGCUGGGAUGUAGAAGUGGGGAGUGAGCUCUGGCUGGUGGGUGUGGCUAAAGAGUCCAUCAGCAGGAAAGGGUUUGUGGAUCUGAGCUCAGCAGGAGGAGUGUGGGGUAUAGUGCUGCUCAAUGGGAAAUACAGAGCUCUCUCCUCCCCACCUACAGCCCUCACUGUGCAGAGGAAACCCCAGAGGGUCAGAGUGCAGCUGGACUGGGACAGGGGGGAGGUGUCAUUCUCUGACCCCAGUGACAACACUCCUCUCUACACUUUUAAACACUCCUUCACUGAGAGAGUGUUUCCAUUCUUCUGGCCUGGUUCUCUGCAGAUCUGUCCACUGAAGGUGUCUGUGAAAGUGGAAUAUGUGUCUCCCAGGUGUGUGAUGAGAAUGGCGUCUGGAUCUUUUCUCAUGGAAGAGGAGCUCUCCUGUCCUGUGUGCUCUGAAAUCUUCAGGGAUCCUGUUGUCCUGAGUUGCAGUCACAGCUUCUGUAAGGCCUGUCUGCAGCAGUACUGGGAACAGAAGGGAUCUCGGGAGUGCCCAGUGUGCAGGAGAAGAUCUUCCAAGGAUGAACCUCCCCUUAACCUGUCCCUGGGGAAUACCUGUGAGGCUUUCUUAAAGGAGAGAAGUCAGAGAGCUAAAGCAGGAUCUGAAGUGCUCUGCAGUCUGCACAGUGAGAAACUCAAACUCUUCUGUUUGGAUGAUGAUGAACCCAUUUGUGUUGACUGUUUAACAGGAACACACAGAAAUCACAAUUUCUGUCCAAGAGAUGAGGCUGCACUGAAAUAUAAGGAGAAACUCAGGACUGCACUGGCUCCACUGCAGGAGAAGCUUAAAGCCUUUAAUGCAGAGAAACUAAUCUGUGAUCAAACAGCAGAGCACAUCAAGAGCCAGGCCCAGCACACAGAGAGGCAGAUAAAGAUGGAGUUUGAGAAACUUCAGCAGUUCCUAAAAGAUGAAGAGGCAGCCAGGAUCACUGCACUGAGGGAGGAAGAGAAGCAGAAGAGUCAGAUGAUGAAGGAGAAGAUUGCCAAGAUGACCAAAGAGAUAUCAUCCCUUUCAGAACAAAUCAGAGCCAUAGAACAGGAGCUGGGAGCUGAAGACGUCUCAUUCCUGCAGAGGUACAAAGAUUUGGAGAAACGAGCCCAGUGCACACUGGCGGAUCCAGAGAAGGCCUCAGGAGCGUUGAUUGAUGUGGCCAAGCACCUGGGCAAUCUGAAGUACAGAGUGUGGGAGAAGAUGCUGGGGACUGUUCAAUACACUCCUGUGACUCUGGACCCAAACACAGCACAUCCUGAGCUCUUACUCUCUGAGGAUCUGACCAGUGUGAGACGCAGUGAUGAGAGUCAGCAGGUUCCUGAUAAUCCAGAGAGAUUUGAUGGGUGGCCGUUUGUGCUGGGCUCUGAGAGAUUCAGCUCAGGGAGACACUGCUGGGAUGUAGAAGUGGGGGGUGAGGCCUGGGUGGUGGCUGUGGCUAAAGGGUCUAUCAGCAAGAAAGGGGAUACGGAUUGGAGCCCAGCAGGAGGAGUGUGGGGUAUAGGGCUGCUCAAUGGGAAAUACAAAGCCCUAACAUCCCCAGUCCCUACAACCCUCACUGUGCAGAGGAAACCCCAGAGGGUCAGAGUGCAGCUGGACUGGGGCAGGGGGGAGGUGUCAUUCUCUGACCCCAGUGACAACACUCCUCUCUACACUUUUAAACACUCCUUCACUGAGAGAGUCUUUCCAUUCUUCUGGCCUGAUUCUCUGCAGAUCUGUCCACUGAAGGUGUCUGUAAGAAUGGAAUAAUGCUGUGGGAUUGUGGGUAAAAUCAGGUGAAAAGAACUGAAUUCCAUCACCUCUGAGCAGGUUUCAUUUAAAUAUUUGCCAGUCAUACAGCAUAAACAAAAUAUUAUUUUAUUUGAAACAUUCUGUAGUUUUUCCAUGAGAAAUGUCUAAUUUCUAUGAUAUAACCUCACAAUAUUUUUACUGUGCUAUACGGUGAUAAU